GGAGCAACUCUACAAUCCCAAGGGAAAAGAAGGGCUACUCACUCACCUAAGGAGAGAACCAAUCAAAUGAGAGUGGGGGCGUUUCCAGGAAAAUAGAUAUAGCAGGUAUGACAGGUGACAACUGAACAUAGGAAAGGGCAAAGCUGACAAGCAAAGAGAACAGAUAACUCCCUUUGGAUCAGCUUACUAUCUUCAACAAGUUGAAAGAAAGAACUCGGGGAAACAGUCAAGAAAACUGAAGGUUAGAGGAGCUCUCUUCAAGGUAAGAAGAAACACUGCUUCGACCAUGUCUGGAUUUGAGGCCCAGGAACAGUCUCCUCCACGUUGUGGCCCUCAGUUCCCGAGCCUUGGCCAGGAGCCCCCUGAACUCAGCAUGUACAGUGACUGCUUCUACCCUCCGCCAUCCCUGCCAAGUCCUCAGCGCACCACACCGACCUCCUAUGAGCUGGGUGACUUCAGCACCACGUCCCCAAACCCUUACCUUUGGUUCAACAGCUCUGGGCUCAACACACCAUCAUACCUGACUGCCAACGGUCCACCCGGGAACCCGGGACCUCCCUUUGUCCCGCAGCACUACGGCAUGCAGAGGCCUUACCUGGGCUCGGCCGGAACAGGCGGCCCAGGAGGGGAGUUGAGCUGGUUUUCCCUCCCCUCACAAGAGGACUUGAUGAAGCUAGUGAGGCCUCCUUAUUCUUACUCGGCUCUCAUCGCCAUGGCUAUCCACGGAGCACCUGACCGGCGGUUGACCCUGAGUCAGAUCUAUCAGUAUGUCGCAGACAACUUCCCUUUCUACAACAAGAGUAAAGCAGGAUGGCAGAAUUCCAUCAGACACAACCUGUCACUAAAUGACUGCUUCAAAAAAGUACCAAGAGAUGAGGACGAUCCAGGCAAGGGCAACUACUGGACACUCGAUCCAAACUGUGAAAAGAUGUUCGACAAUGGAAACUUCCGCCGCAAAAGGAAGAGGAAGUCUGACUCCCUCUCUGGGGUCGAUGGUAGUUCAGGAGCCCCCGAGUCAGGUGAAAGUGAAAGGGGCAGCCCCAAACCCUCGGCCAACUCUUCCCUGAGCAUCUCCCAGACGCCGGACAGAAUUCCCUCGCCAUCAUCAUCCAGUACUACACCUUGUCUGAGCAGCUUCCUUUCUGAGAUGUCUGGAGUGUCCAGUGGAUCAGCCGGUGAUGUGGGAGGUGAUGCAUUGAGCAGACCCAUGCAGGUCAACCUCCCUCUCGAUGGGCCACAUAGGCUUCCACAGGCUGCAAAUUAUAAUAGCUACUCCCCAAAUUCUGCUGGCCGAGAGUGGCUUCCUCCGGUGCAAACGACCCCUAUGCUCUCCUCUUCGCCCACCCACUCUUCACUAGGGUACACUAGCCCCAUCCUCAGCCACUACAGUGCGUCCAGUGGACACUUCUAUCCCCCGCCGGGCUCAACAGGAAUCAUCUAUCAACGUGAGGGCACUGAGGUUUAAAUUAACACUAAUUGAACUGAUUGUAAAGACCAGAUUUUUCGCAGAAUUUAGUUUUCUUUUGCAGUAGAAAUUAGUUGUCACUUUGAGAGGCAAACACAAACGCGCACACACACACGCACACACACACGCACACGCACAAACACAACUUAACCAUGUUUGCGCUGACAGAGACAGUUGAGGUCACAAAAGCGUGUGA